UGAUGUUUUGAUCACGUGACCACAACAGGUCAUAUUUAAUGGCGGCCGCCGUUGCUCGCUGCUCUUUGGGGCUCCCCAGCAGGAAAGGAGUGGAUUGUUUCCUGCGAAGAGUUUCAUCUCUCGGAAGGUGGAGUCGCUCCAAAGAUCUUCUGUGUGAGCAACAUCGUAGCUUUUUCUGGCGGAAAUGGAAAAGUUCUCACAACGUGGUUCGGCCGGCUACUGUUCGGCCAGCCUACGGAGUACCUAAGCACAUCGUGCAGCCCGACUACGUCAGCACUGGGCUGGUCCCAGAAUGGCCAGACUACAUCGAGAUCAAGAACCAAGAGCAGAUCGAAGGCCUUGCUAGAGCAUGUCAACUUGCCAGACACGUACUGCUACUUGCUGGAGGCAGUCUGAAAGUUGGCAUGACAACAGAUGAAAUAGACUUUAUUGUGCACCAGGAGACAAUCAGGCACAAUGCUUACCCCUCCCCUCUUGGAUAUGGAGGUUUUCCUAAGUCAGUCUGUACAUCUGUCAACAAUGUGGUGUGUCAUGGCAUACCUGACAGCCGCAAACUUGAAGAUGGUGACAUUAUCAACAUCGACGUCACAGUGUAUUCGGAUGGUUACCAUGGUGACACCUCAGAAACCUUCUUGAUUGGUCAGGUGGAUGAGGUCGGACAGCGGCUGGUAGAGACGGCGAGGCGUUGCAGAGAUGAAGCCAUUGCCGUAUGCAAACCAGGAACACAGCUUUGUGUUAUAGGAAAUACUAUCAGUGAAAUAGCCCAGUCCAACGGCUUUCAGGUUUGUCCGUAUUUCAUUGGACAUGGAAUAGGCUCGUAUUUUCAUUGCCAUCCCGAGAUUUGGCACCAUGCUAAUGAUAAUGACAUAACCAUGGAUGAAGGGAUGUCUUUCACAAUAGAGCCUAUAGUGAUGGAGGGGUCUCCAGAGUUCAGAAUCCUUAAGGACAAAUGGACCGCGGUGUCGGUCGACGAUAAAAGGUCAGCUCAGUUUGAACACACGGUGCUCAUCACAUCUGACGGAGUGAAGAUUCUCACCAAACUACCAGAAGAAAACAAUCUGUGACAGAAAUGGACUGCUACCUGGAAUGCCACAUCAAUUGUGGAUCUAAGCUACUUUUUGUGAUUAAAAAAGAAAAGCAGUAGUGCUACCAGCUCUUAACGUAGAAUGGCAAAGACCAAGAUUUUUGAUCAUUAAGCAACACUGACUUGUUCUGUAUGUUAUGCUGGAGCUCGAGACUAAAGCUGAACUAAUUAUGUGGUUGAGGUAUUUCAUUCUUACAAAUUACGUUUUUCUUAAUCUAAAUGCCAGUUUUCCUCACAUGAACCUAUAGUGUAACUUCAACUUUAUGUUGCAUUAAAAAAAUAAAACAAUGUUA